AGCAGAAGACGAAGCCAUGGAUGUCUCUACAAUAACAGUCUUCAUGAUGUGGAUGGCCAUGGUCUCUGCAAUCAAGAUUCAGCUGAUCCCUCCGUAUCCAGUGACCAAAAGCUCUGUCACUUUAAAUGUUACUGGAAUUACCGGCAAUAUUUGGACUUGCCUUUGGUUUAAAGGACCAAACACGAGUUUUGAAUAUCAAAUCCUCACCUAUAUGCCUGCUCAUAAUUCCCUGGUUGCUGGAGGAAAGAAAUAUUUUACACGGGCCCAAGUGUUUCCCAAUGGUUCUCUGUCCAUCACUGAUCUUAAUGUGAAUGAUAGUGGUGAAUACAGAGUUCAGAUUCAGUCACAGACUGCGACACAAGCUUCAAUUGACUUGAGAGUGUACGAGCUGGUUGGUAAACCUGUAAUCACAGCUUUCCACUCCCAGGUCCAGGAAUUUGAUGCUAUUAACCUGACAUGUUCUGCAGCCAAUGCUGAUACGAUAAUAUGGAAGAAGGAUGAUGCCAGCCUCCAAGAUGACAACAGAUUAUCAGCAGAUACCAUGACCAUCACCCUCUCCAGCGUGAACCGUACAGAUGCCGGAGAAUAUCAGUGUGAGGCUCAGAAUAAAGCCAGCAAGAGCACCAGUGACCUCUACACCCUGACUGUCUCCUAUGCCUCGGAAUGCUCUACAUGUGAUACAAACACUGCCGUCAUCUCAGGAGUUGCCUGCGCAGCCGUCCUCAUUGUUGCAGUACUGUUUACCAUUUGCUUCCUCCUCUACAAGAAAUGCUUCCAUCCUGUACACGAGAUUACAGAUAUCGUUGACCAAGUGACUUUCAUUACAAGGAAUCACAUCUGGAUCGCCAACAACUACCUAUCGACCACUGUGGAUAUUAUGUUUAUUAAGCUGCCGUAUACUAUACAGAUUUCAUCGGGUUCUUGA